GCGCCGCCGCUGCCCCUCAAAUCGCAUCGAACUCGCGAGCCGCCGUUCACCCGAAAGGAAGCACUCGGAAGCGGAGAAGACGAUGGGUCACUCCAACGUGUGGAACUCCCACCCCAAGAACUACGGCCCCGGAUCCCGCGUCUGCCGGGUCUGUGGCAACUCCCAUGGGCUGAUCAGGAAAUAUGGGCUCAUGUGCUGCAGGCAGUGCUUCCGUAGCAACGCCAAGGAUAUUGGCUUCAUCAAGUACCGUUGAAGACUGCAGCUUAUCUUCACCUGGAUCAGAGAAACGGAUCCUUCAUAAAAUAUUUAAUCUAUGUGUUUUAGUAGUUUGUUUAGAGUACUGUGCUAGUAAACUUGUUGAGGUUUUGGUGAGAACUGUGCUUUUGUUAAGCUGAAUAUGCUACUGAACUUCGAAGUACUUUAUAUCCGACUUCUUUGCUGU